AUGCCUUUAAAAAGAAGACAACCAGCAAAAACCAGUCUUAAAGAUUCUUCAAAAGAAUCAUUACCUUUAAUUGCUUCAAUUGAAUCUGACCAACAAAAUUCAAGUUUGAUUAAUGCGACAGAUAAUUCAUCAAAUAAGAGAGUACCACUUUAUAUUAGUGAAAUUAUUGAUAUUAGAUUUGUAUUUGGUGAACAAUAUGCAAAAGUAGUAUUUGAAGAUAAAUCAUUUGAGCCGCAAUGGGAGCCUGUGAAGAAUAUAAAACGUGCGGAAGGACUGAUACUCAAAUUUCAACAAAAGAGAGAAAAGGAAGAACGCGAAGAACGUCUAAAAGAAUUAGAAGCUCAGUCCAAUAAUAAAGAUAAUGAAAUAGUAUCUAAUGACUACCAGGAUUCUGAAGAUAAGACAGUAUUUAUGCAACAAAAUUCAUGUCCUACUACUUUUGUUAAUUCUUCACCAAGAAACAACACAGAUAACUAUAAUUAUGAUUCAAAAUUGAAAUCUGUAAAAUUUGCUCAAGAAUUAGUUAACGCUAAAACUUUUUCUAAUGAUGAAUUUCUGCAAGUACAAACUUUAACAAAAGAGAUACAGCUUGAGAAUACAAAUAAUUAUAGCCCAAUAAAACUCAAGGCUACACCCAAACCCAUUCUAAGGAGCGCCUUGCGAACAUCAAAUAAACGGCAGUUGGAAACCUUGCAAUGGAAGCAAUGGAAUGGCAUUUUAUUAAAGGGAAAAACGAGAGAAUUUGUAGCAAAAGUAAUUAUUAAGACUUUAAAGGAAGGACCAGGUUAUAAUGCUAUUUCGGAUAAGCUAGGAUCUAAUAACGUUUUUUGUAUGGCUAAUACUGUGCCAUUGUCAUAUGCUUUAUCUUUGAUAGGUGAAGAUAAAGAACUAGGUGAUGUUCUUAUAAUGGAAUGUGAAAGCGGCAAUUUGAAAGAUGAACAGGAUCAUAUGAUGUUUCAUAAAUUGGUCGCGUUUAUUCGACUGGAAAACGAUUAUAACGGAUUACAUCUUUUCGUAUUUUCCGAUUAUCGAUGGAUAUAUAAGAACCAAUUCAAUCAAGAACAUUUAUUUCUCGUGGCCAGGAAUAUUAAGAUUAAGCAAAAUUAUUUGCUUAUUCAACAACCUUUGAUAAAGGCGCUUGAUAAUGAAACAACUUAUGAUACAAAUUAUUGUAAAGCAAAGACGGAAUUGCAUACUGGUGAUUAUAAUGAUAUCAUAACAAAGUUAUGUAAAAAAAAACCGAACUUUACCGUAUACGCAAGACCCAAACUUGGCGAAACAGAUAGUAUAAUCACAGUGAUGAAGGUUUUAGGAGCAAAUUAUUUUCCGAAUUAUGAUUGUGAUAAAAUGGACUUGGUUUUGGUUCAUGUUUUAAUGUUGGAUCAAAUCAAUUUCAUGCCAAACUUGAUCAAACUAAAACAUCAAGAGCAAUGUAAAUUCCUAGUAUAUGGCUGGGAUUUCAAACAACAAGAACCUAUCAAAUUCGAAGAGUACUUUGUUUCAGGAGGUAUUUUAUCUGUUACGACAAGAGUAUUGCUGGAAGAAAAAAAUGGCUUGCAAAGGAUUUUUGAAGUUAUUGAAUAUCAAAAGGAAAAUGGUGUAGAGUGGAAAAUUCUAAUGGACCCGGAAAUAAAAUACUGCAACUAUAAUCUAAGUGCUUUGAUAGAUUAUGAUUUAAAAAGUAAUAAUUCAUUUGAUGAAAGCGGGAUUAAUUUUCAUUAUUUCGAUUUAUUUUUGUGGAGAAAGUUAAAAAAACAAAACGACAACAAUAUUUCUAGAAUUUAUUACGCAUUAUUGUUUUCAUAUUCAUUUGAAGUUGAAGCUAAUAUUAUUAAAUCACCAAGGCAUUGUAUUCUUAUAGCGCAUAAUAAAGAAAUGCCUUUUUGUCCCAAAAUUCCUGGUGUUGAAGUAAUAACUUUAGAAAAUUUUGAAGAAACUUUUGGAUUUGAUGAUACUAUGGAAUGGGAAUAA